AAGGACCCUACUGCUGUAGAAAGAGCAAAUUUACUGAACAUGGCUAAAUUGAGUAUCAAAGGACUCAUUGAAUCAGCUUUGAGCUUUGGCCGCACUCUGGACUCUGACUACCCACCUUUGCAGCAGUUCUUUGUUGUCAUGGAGCACUGCCUGAAGCAUGGUCUUAAAGUAAGAAAAUCCUUUCUAAGUUACAAUAAAACCAUCUGGGGUCCUCUGGAACUUGUGGAGAAAUUAUAUCCAGAAGCUGAGGAGAUAGCAGCAAGUGUCAGAGAUUUGCCUGGCCUUAAUGAAUUUUAUGAGUAUCAUGCACUAAUGAUGGAGGAAGAAGGAGCGGUUAUUGUUGGGCUCUUAGUUGGGUUAAAUGUGAUAGAUGCUAACCUGUGUGUGAAGGGAGAAGAUCUAGAUUCACAAGUUGGGGUGAUCGAUUUCUCUAUGUAUUUAAAGAGUGAUGAUGACAUUGGGGGUAAGGAAAGAAAUGUACAGAUUGCUGCAAUUUUGGACCAAAAGAAUUAUGUUGAGGAACUAAACAGACAACUGAAUAGCACAGUUAGCAGUCUACAUGCAAGAGUUGAUUCACUAGAGAAAUCAAACACUAAACUGAUUGAAGAGUUAGCGAUAGCCAAAAACAAUAUAAUUAAACUUCAGGAAGAAAACCAUCAGUUACGGAGUGAAAAUACCCUUAUUUUAAUGAAAACACAGCAUCAUCUAGAGGCAACUAAAGUGGAUGCUGAAGCAGAACUUCAGACAUACAAACACUCCAGGCAGGGUUUAGAUGAAAUGUACAAUGAAGCACGUAGACAGCUUCGAGAAGAAUCACAACUUCGACAAGACAUGGAGAAUGAGCUAGUGGUUCAAGUGAGUAUGAAACAUGAGAUAGAACUUGCCAUGAAGUUGCUGGAGAAGGACAUCCAUGAGAAGCAGGAUACCCUGAUAAGCCUUCGACAGCAGCUUGAUGAAGUUAAAGCAAUUAACAUGGAAAUGUACCAAAAGCUGCAGGUUUCUGAAGAUGCUAUGAAAGAAAGGAAUGAAAUAAUUGGUCGAUUAGAGGAUAAGACCAAUCAAAUUAAUGCAGCUAUGAAACAACUAGAAGAAAGUGACAAAGAUCUGUUAACUCAAACUAGGACUAUUGCAAUGUCAUUCAUCAAAUGUGCCAGCAACGAAGCUCAGCACCAGUAUAAACUUGUCAAAGAUAUAUCAUUCUGAAAGCUCCUCCAGAUCUGUUGUGUUCAAAUAAUUACUGAUAAAAUACACCUUAAUAAUUUUAAAAUUACAAUUUUAAAUAUAAAGUGGUAUUAGAAAUCCUGCACUGUAACUGAUCGUAGCUGGGUU